AUGUCCAUGUCCAUGGCCACCACCGCCCUCCUCCGGCUCGCGCCGCUGCCGCCGCACGCCCGGCUCCUCGCCCCGAGCUCCAAGAAACCCUCCCUCCUCCUCGCGCCCCUCGGCAGCGGCCGCCGCGCCCUGCGGCUCGCGAGGGCCGCCGGCGACGGGCUCGCGGACCAGACCGUCUACAACGGCGUGUACGGGCCCUGGUCCGUGGACGACGCCGACGUGCGGGAGGUGCUGCUUUACCGGGCCGGGCUGGUCACGGCCGCCGCGUCCUUCCUGGUGGCCGCCUCGGGGGCGUUCCUGGCGGAGGGGAACGCGGUCGGCGACGCCGUCCGGCAGGGCGCCGACCUCUUCUACGCCGCCGGGGCCGGGGGGCUCGGGCUGUCGCUGGUGCUCAUCCACAUCUAUGUCACCCCCAUCAAGCGGUUCCUCCAGGCGCUGUGGGCGGUCGGCGUGCUCGGCUCCGUCGGCACCUACGCCCUCGCCGCGCGGCCGCUCGACGAGGGGCUCGUCCGGUACGUGCUCGAGCACCCCGGGGCGAUGUGGUUCGUCGGGCCCACCUUCGCCGCGCUCACAGGCCUCGUCUUCAAGGAGGGUCUCUGCUAUGGAAAAUUGGAAGCUGGUAUCUUGACGUUUGUUAUCCCCAUCCUUCUUCUUGGACACCUGUCUGGCUUGAUGGACGAUGGAACAAAAUUGAGCCUCUUAGGAGUGUGGAUGUCACUCUUCACUGUGUUCGCCGCUAGGAAAUUCCAGCAGCCCAUUAAGGACGACAUCGGCGACAAGUCCGUUUUCAUAUUCAACGCCCUCCCCGAAGAGGAAAAGAAGGCUCUGCUGCAGAGGCUCGAGGCGCCAACUGAGCAGAAGUUUGAGUAG